UUUGUUAGUUCUCCGCUGGACUUACAACGCUAAAAUAAGGGGUUCGAUUCUUUUCUGUAGACACAGUAAAAAUGACAUGGCUAGUGGUUAGAACGCUUGACUCGCAAUCUGAGGGUCGUGGGUUCGAAUUCCCGUCCACCAAACAUGCUUGCCCUUUCACCCGUAGGAGCAUUAUAAUAAUUGACGGUCAAUCCCACUAUUCGUUGGUAAAAAGAGUAGGUCAAGAUUUGGCUGUGGGUGAUGAUGUCUAGCUGCCUUCGCUCCAGUCUUUCACUGCCAAAUUAGGGACGGCUAGCGCAGAUAUCCCUUGUGUAGCUUUGCGCGAAAUUCAAAAACAAACAAACAUUUUGUUUGCUCAGAAAAUGUAAAAGGUUGGCGUUGAUAUAACAUUAAUUAGCCUUGCUUCGGUCGCAUAAGUAGAUCGAUUCGUGACCUAAUAUUCGGAAUAAUACUUGUGAGCAUCUUAUUAUAUGCCACAAAUCGAGCAAAUGAAAACAAAUUGUUGAAGCAGAUCUUGAUAUAUAAAGCCAGAAGUUUUAUUACAGAUUUGUAAGGUGUUUACAGACGGUAAAUCUUAAGAAUAUCAGACAAUGGCAUCACUGUCAUCUAACUGGGUAAGAAAUGAUUCGUCUCCACGCGUAGUUGAUUUCAAAGCAGUCCGAUGUAUCUUUGAAUCAGGGAUCAAAUUGGAGGCCAAGCCACAGGCAGUUGCUAUGGCAGCAACAUUAUAUCAUCGUUUUUUUGAAGAGUGUAAUCCUGAAGAUUAUGAUCACUAUCUUAUUGCAGCAACUUGUCUGUAUUUGGCUGGGAAGGUAGAAGAAAAUCACCUAAAGAUUAGAGACAUAGUUAAUGUUUUCCACAAAGCAAUCCAUCCCAAGUUGGAGCCUUUAGAUCUUGCUGAAGAAUAUUGGUUGCUGCGUGAUAGUAUUGUGCAGUGCGAACUUCUUCUAUUGAGGGUGCUGAAAUUUCAGGUCUCUGUUGACCAUCCACACAGAUAUCUUCUUCACUAUCUAAAGUCUGUUCAAGACUGGAUGGCACCUGACAUUAUUGCCAAACUACCCUUAUUCAGAACCUGUUGGUCUCUCCUGUGUGACUUCUAUCACUUGCCCUCCUGUCUUUGCUAUAAACCACAGCAUGUUGCUGUAGCUAUCAUCUACUUAGCCUUAGAGUGCUAUGGUGUCACUGUUCCAUACAACAGUGAUGCUGUACUGCAAUGGCAUGAGGUAAAUAUCUAUGUUUUUUACCACAAUUUUAUUUCUAUGUAACACUUUCUGUAUAAA